UCACACAUUGCAUAAGCACUGGGAAUUUUAGUUGACAGCAUGCUCAACCUGAUUCGACAAUGUGAUGUGACUGUGGCAAACAAGUACUUUCAUAUUUUGAGCUAUGCUAAUAGAAGCACAAGACCAAGAAAGAAGUGGCAGUCUCUCCUCUCUGCACUCAACAGGACAUCCCAUUCAUUCCUGGGCAUCACAAUUAAGAGAGCUCUAGACAAGCUGGGGUGCACCAUAAAGAGGCCCUUAAAAUGCUGGUGGCUUUCUAGAAGAUGACCAUAGAGGACCUUCCAGAUUUUCCAUUAGAAGGAAGUUCUUUGAUUGGAAAAUACCCAUUUUUAUUUCAAGGUUCUGAUACACCAGUUAUCUUUUCCAUUUCUGCAGCACCAAUGCCUUCAGACUGUGAGUUUUCUUUCUUUGAUCCUAAUGAUACAUCAUGCCAGGAAAUUCUCUUUGAUCCCAAAACUUCUGUAUCAGAAUUAUUUGCCAUUUUAAGACAGUGGGUUCCUCAGGUCCAGCAAAACAUUGAUGUUAUUGGAAAUGAGAUUCUUAAGAGAGGUUGCAAUGUGAAUGACAGAGAUGGAUUGACAGAUAUGACUCUUUUGCAUUAUACAUGCAAAUCUGGAGCUCACGGUAUUGGUGAUGUUGAUACAGCGGUAAAAUUUGCAACGCAGCUUAUUGAUCUGGGAGCAGAUGUUAGUUUGCGGAGUCGAUGGACAAACAUGAAUGCCUUGCAUUAUGCUGCUUAUUUUGAUGUUCCUGAGCUUAUAAGAGUGAUUUUGAAGACAUCUAAACCAAAAGAUGUGGAUGCCACUUGCAGUGACUUUAAUUUUGGAACAGCUCUGCAUAUUGCUGCAUAUAACUUGUGUGCAGGUACCGUGAAAUGCUUAUUGGAGCAUGGAGCAAAUCCUGCAUUUAGGAAUGACAAAGGGCAGAUCCCCGCUGACGUUGUCCCAGACCCAGUCGAGAUGCCCUUGGAAAUGGCCGAUGCCGCGGCCACUGCUAAGGAAAUCAAGCAGAUGCUGCUGGACGCGGCGCCUCUGUCAUGUGAUCUCUCAAAGCCCUUGCUUCCAAAUUACGAUCGUGUUACUAGCAAGGCGAUGCUGACGUCACUUGGCCUGAAGCUGGGGGAUCGUGUUGUUAUUGCAGGACAGAAGGUUGGAACAUUGAGAUUUUGUGGAACAACUGAAUUUGCAAGUGGACAGUGGGCUGGCAUUGAGUUGGAUGAACCAGAAGGAAAAAACAAUGGAAGUGUUGGGAAAGUCCAGUACUUUAAGUGUGCCCCCAGAUAUGGCAUUUUUGCACCUCUUUCAAAGAUAAGUAAAGCAAAAGAUCGAAGGAAGAAUAUAGCACACACUCCUUCUACAAAAGCUGGACCUCUCAUCAGGUCCCAGAAAAUUGAUGUAGCUCAUGUAACAUCAAAAGUAAAUACUGGGUUAAUGACAUCAAAAAAAGACAGUGCUUCAGAAUCAACACUCUCAUUGCCUCCUGGUGAAGAGUUGAAAACUGGAGCAGAGAAAGAUGUUCCCCUGAUUGGAUCCAUCAGCAGCUCCUCCUCUAUAUCUUCUUUGGAGCACAAACAGAGCCUCUCCAAGAACCUGAAUGCACGUGGCAAUAACAAGAAGACAAUGAACAAAAGCCCUUCUCUCUCAUCUAGAGCCAGUGCUGGUUUGAAUUCCUCAGCAGCAUCUGUAGCAAAUAGCGGGCGCUGCGAAGGAGACCUCCGAAUUGGAGACAGGGUGUUGGUGGCAGGCCAGAGAAUUGGUACCAUUAAGUUCUUUGGGACAACAAACUUUGCUCCAGGAUAUUGGUACGGGAUAGAGCUUGAGAAACCCCAUGGCAAGAAUGAUGGUUCAGUUGGAGGUGUGCAGUAUUUCAGUUGUUCCCCAAGAUAUGGAAUAUUUGCUCCCCCAUCCAGGGUUCAAAGAGUAACAGAUUCCCUGGAUACUCUUUCAGAAAUUUCUUCAAAUAAACAGAAUCAUUCUUAUCCUGGUUUUAGGAGAAGUUUCAGUACAACUUCUGCUUCUUCCCAAAAAGAGAUUAACAGAAGAAAUGCUUUUGCCAAGUCGAAGCCCACCCUGCACCGCAGCUGGAGCAGCAGCAUGACGGCCGGCGGCCUGGAGGGUAGCGUGAAGCUGCACGAGGGCUCCCAGGUCCUCCUCACCAGCUCCAAUGAGAUGGCCACCGUGAGGUACGUGGGCCCCACUGACUUCGCCUCAGGGAUCUGGCUGGGCCUGGAGCUUCGAAGCCCCAAAGGAAAGAAUGACGGGGCAGUGGGAGACAAACGCUACUUCACCUGCAAGCCCAACCACGGGGUCCUUGUGAGGCCCAGCAGAGUGACCUACCGGGGAAUAAACGGGUCCAAGCUGGUGGAUGAGAAUUGUUGAGUUAGGCUUCUACAGUAUUAUAAUAAAUGAGCUUAUACACACACACGCACAAUAUAAAAAGUCCAUGAUGAAUGGUUUACUUCACUUAGCCAUUAUUUAAAAUUUGAAAAUACAACUAUCUUCAUAUAGACCAUUAUAACAAUUCAGAGACCCCUUUAAAAAGCUCGAAAUAUGAACUGUAGGAAUAUGAACUGUAGGUCUCUUAAAACAAUGUAAAAAUAAGACUUUUUUUUUUUAAAGCUUUUAAAGCUUUAGACCCAAGAAAAUUCUUAAACUUGGGAAAAAUGUGCCAUGAGGUGACUUACUGAUGUUGCUUACUGUGUCUCAUUUUUGCACAGAAUAGUGGAUUUUCCAUAUACCAUCAUUGUGAAGGUUUUCACUAGCUUUGGUUAAUGUUAAGACGUUCACAUGACCUUGUCUGGAGUUUUUCUUUCUUUCUAUACCACUGAGGACAAGGCGAGAAUAGUAGCUGGAUAAUAUGCUUUUUUAUUGUCUUUGGGUUUAGUUAUUUGCCCUCCUGGGAAUGUCCCACCUACAGAUACUUUAGAGCUGUGGGGGUGGAUGGGCCCCGGGGGCUCUGGAGCUUAACCUCUCCUGCUGCGGGGUUCUGAAGCUGCUCUUCCUCACCUGGGUCAUGAGCUAGCUGGUUACCAGACCCUCCAGCUAGGAUGUAGGUCUCCUUAUCUGUGGCCUGGGCUCUUUCUGCUGCCCAGCGCGUCAUCUCAGAUCUUUCUUUUGUGUUGGUGACUGCCUCAUCUGGAGGAGCUUAAAAAUCCCAUAAUGAGGUUCAUGAAUUCAAGUCACAAUUGGAACUAUUUGCACAUAUUUAACUUCCUUAUUAGACAUAUCUAUAAAACACACACAUGCGAAGCACUUUGAAAAUAAAACAUGAUGCACUUUCCUCUUUGUGGAGAAUUUGCCAUCAUUUCCUCUGGGGAUGAAAAAUAUUAAAAAAAAAGUAUAUUUAAGACAAGAGAGCAAAUUAAGAUAUGUUAAGAAGAAUGUAGUAGCUAUUCAUUUAAAUGGUUAUGGUUUUUGGUGUUUUGUUUUGUUAUUCAUAAGAUUGGUGUUGCCUUUGCUGUUGCUGCUGGUUUCAUGUUUUCGAUUGUUGCAGAAUUCAGCCUGUUAUAAAGCUGCAGAACUAUAUCAUGUUUUUAUUUUUCUUUUGAGUACAUGUUAACAAAGCUUCAUAAUAGAGUGAUGUAAUAAUGCAAAACAUUUGUGUUGUGGAUAUGUAUUGAAGUUUGUCCUAUAUGUACAAAGAUUUAUCUUUUAUCAUAGAUAUUCAGACUCUAAACUACCACAGAAAUAUCAGAACAGUUUGCUUUAUAAGAUAAAAAGCAUCCUUCAAAAUGGAGCUUGCUUUGUGCUUUAGAAAGAAUACGUUGAACUAUUUUGCAAUAUACUGUUUAAAAUCUAAAGUCUGUUGCUUUGCUGCCUUUUUAAAAAAAGUAUGAAAUUUCAAAUAUUGCUAGAGCUAUUUUCCUGAAAUACAUUUGCAAAGUAGGGCUGCUUUAUAAUCAAGGAAUAUUUUUGAUUGAAGAAAGUGACUGUACUAUGAUUCAAAAGUAAACUUAUUUUAUUAUAUAGUUUAUUUCUUAAAAACUCUAUUUGUAUCUUACCAUGAAAUCCAUGACUACACUGAACUUGGGUGUCCAUAAUUCUUCCUGUUAAAUGCAAAACCCUGUAAGUUAGUAACAGUAAUGUCAACACUGAAUUUAUUUUGAGGUUAGAGAACCAAUUGUUCUCAUAUUUAGAUUAGGAUUAUUAAAUCCAUGUUAUGUGUGUGUUUACAUAUACUAUACAUAAAAAUUAGGUGUUUUCAUUUGUGUUUUGCUUCUGUCAGUCAAAGUCCACAUCUUGCGCGUUAAUAAAAAGGGACGCUGUUUGGUUUGGAGUGGCAUGUUGUCACUGACCCUGCCUGCACCUCUCCUUUUCUUGGUACUCACAGUGCAUAUGCUUUGUGUCUAACCUUUUUCCUCUUACAGUAAUGACUUGAAUUUGUCCUAUACCUAUUGAGAGUUUUAAAAAGUGCCAUGCUUCUACUCAGCAAAUAAAGUUAUGUUUUUAGCUACUUUCUUAUUACUUUGUUUUGAUGGACAGAGAGUCAUUUAAGAAAAUAAUAUAUUUCUGUGGUUUUCUAAAAUAGCUUAAUUACCUUUUAUACCAGUGGGAUUUCAUUUAUUUAGAGUAGGAUAGAAAACUCUGAGUUUAUAGAUUUAAAAUUAUAUGUUAAUAAGUGUCUACCUCCUACUGAAAGGCUUUUGUUUCUAUAUUUUAAGGUAAUUUGGUGGUAGUAUGUUUAAGUGCUUUAAACGUGUUCAGAUACAGACAUUUGCAGAGUCUGAGCUGAGACACUAACCAUGGUGAAUCCCUCGCACCGUCCUCUCCUGAGCUUCUUAGCCCUCUCAUGUGUUAUUAUUCUCCUUGGCAUUUACCACCCUUGGUUAUACUCAACUUUGUGCUCAUUGAGGGGUGGGUUCUAACUAUUUUGUUCAUCGCUUCAUCCCUAGCACUUGGAAUAAUACCUGGUACCUAGUACAUGCUCAGGAAAGGCUGUUGACUGAACAGAGGCGGUGGAGACCAUCGCUGGUUUACAGUAGAGGUGCUGUCUUGCCAGCUUCAGCCAGGUGGGCUGGAGAAGCCAGGCCACGGACAGGUACAUUUUGCUGGGUACGGGAGGGCAAGGGACAAGAAAGGUUUGAAUCAUGGUAGUCCAUGAUGACCCCAAAUAGUGACAUGCUGGGUGUCAAGGGUAGAAAAGGGAACAGGAAGGACAGUGUGAUCGCCGAUUGCCUAUCUGUUUUCCCUGGGACCGGCUUUGAGUUUCCGCUGUGCUAUGGCGCUCAUUCAGAGGAUGCAGUAACAUGUGUGCUCUAACACAGGGUGGACGGGAUCUCAGCCACGUGUGUCCAGCAUUUUCAUUUCAGAGUUGUAUUUUGGACCUACCUAUUUAGACUAUGUGAUGUUAUUUAAACCACAUUGACCAAUGGCUGGAGACCUAAUGUGUUAAGAAUCAUCUUAAUUAGGAUAUAGAUCUAGUAAUUAACUGUUCACUGGAUAUUUGUUAUCUAAAUGAUUGACUCAGAGACAUAUAAUAUGUUUCAUUGCAUGACAAGCAAGUAGGAGAAUUUAUUUUUUAUUUAUCUUCAUGCCCUUUGCUUUACUACACUUAUUUAUUAUACAAACACAGUAGUUAAUACAAAACUCACAUUAUCACAUAUGAUUUUAGUAACUGUUUAGUAAUAUCCCUUGGUACAUAGGCCCUUAUUUACAAACAAUGUCACAUAAGCUGCUUGAAUACACAACAGACAUUCUUAAUGGAGAUUGUGUGGGGGCUGAAUAAGUUACGUAAGUCGUGUUAAGAUUUUAUUACAAGCAGAAUAUGAUGCCUUUGCAUAGGCAAAAAUAAUUUUUUUCUAGCAAAAUGUUUGCCAGUGCUCCUUUUCACAGGAGGGAGAAAGAAAUUUAUGUGGAGGAGUUAGAGUGGAUGGGCACAUUACUGACAGUAAUAUAUUUUCAUUAUGUGUGGUAGAAAUGAAACUCUUUUCUGCUCAUAGCCUUUUCCCUUGAGGAGAAAGGCCCGGAUUGGGGGUGGGGUGGGGUAGGAUCCUUUUUUCUUCUCAUUCUUUAAAAUAUAACAGAAUUUUCAUGAUAAAGCAGCAAUAGGUCUGUCAUUUUUUAGUUCAAAUUGGAAAGUGUGGUCUUGGUGCUGAGGAGGGGCUGGCUAUAAGUUCUGAGCUGUGUUAGUGAAGACACUCUAGGUAUUUAAAUUGAGGCUGUUUAGCUAAAACAUAACCUGUCUCCAGUGAUCACUGCCAUCAUUUGACCAGCGAUCAUGAAUAUGAUUUAAUUUCAGCUCUAAAACCCUUCAUGAACCUCCAGGUGUCAAGCUCAUUGCUCCUGUAGAUAUUCAGGUCUUCACAUGUACACCUUGUAUGCCUCUGUUCUCAGAGAAACCAGUCUCAGGACUGGAUAUUUUGUCAGAGUUGUUUGAAUUGGAUAAAUUAAAUUAAAUUAAAUAGGGAGUCUCAGGAAACUACUUGUGCUGAACUGAAUUUGAAGCAUUCCUAAAGUUUAGGAAGUUUCAAUAUCUACAUGCUGUGUUCUCUUUGACCUGUGUUGAUCUCAUAGAAGUUAAGUUCUUUCAGCUCCAGCCUGAGAGAGGCAUUACUUGAAGAACGCUUACCUUCAUGAAGACCAAAUCAAUGAUUUUUCAUGUAACAAAUCAAAUAAGACUGACAUGGAAAUGAAUCAUGUUAAAAUUAUGUGCACAGGUUCAAGUCAUCCUUUUUAUUCUUUGUCUAACAUGACUUCUGAGAUUCAGCUUAAGCCUCAGUCAACAGUGUUGAUGAUAUUGGCUGUUCCUGACAGUUCUCGUUAUGAAGGAUUGGUGUUGCUAUGCAGUAUCUUUGGGAGAAUAUCCUAACGUGGAUUUUUUAAUGAAUUUUAAUAGAUUACAUGUACCUGUUAAAAAUGUGAUUUUCUCAAGUGAUCUUUUCUCUUUCUUGAAGGGACUUGAGCUUAGGGAAUUAAGAAAUAGCAUGAGGUUUCUUGAGGUCUCACUUCACACUCCCUGGUGUGAGACAGAGGGAAAUCCAGUCCAUGUCCUGCUUUAGUUUGUUUUCUUUUAUAAAAUGUCACCUGCUGCUUACUGGUUACAUUCAUGGAGAAAAAUAAUUUGUCUUUAAUCUUACUUCUCUGAGAACUGUGAAAUACCACAUAAAUAUUAUUGGGGAAUAAAGAAAAAUAUUUAAAAAUCUUUUUCUCAACUGUUAGAGACACUAAAAUGUAGAAAAUUGCCUGCAGUCGUCACAGUCUUCUCUUUUGGUGGGACACUUGAAUUGGCUAUCUUUUGGGGAUUCCCUAUUUCUAGAUCCACUAUAAAGCUAUAUAAUCCAGCACAGGUUUCUAAAAAUUGCCCUUCAGUGGCAGUGGGUGUCUCCACAAAGCUGAGAAGAGGGAUUCUAACCAGUCCGAUGGUGGUUGGGAGAGAGGACUCCAGUUACUAUGAAUUCCUCAUCAUAAAUGGUUCCACGAUGUUUGUUGAGGGAGGCCUGACUCCAUGGACACGCCUGGUCUCCAACAUGCGGCUCAUCUUGGGCUUUGUUACUCUGGGAAUGGUCACGGGCAGAAAGUACAUGAGAUCUGUCAUUAAAUACUAAGCAUGGUGAAAGAGAACCUUCGGGUGAUAAGUCACAUGAUUUUACUUUGCUAAUAAGGCUGCCACUGUAGCAAACGUAACAAAAGAGAAAUAAGUGGUGUCAUGGUGAGUGUGAAGGUCAUUAAAUAGUCAUUUUCAUAGUCCUUUGUCAGCUUUGCUUCUUUCAGGAAACCAUCCCAGAUUAACCUCAUUUUGCUAUGUUAAUGAUUUUAUGAUUUGUUAAAGAGAUCUUUGAAUAGAACAAUAAACAGAGAACUGAUGCUAAACUUCUUUCUGGUCUCCUUUUGAAUGAAGAUUA